UCUCUUCCCUCUGUCUCUCUCCCUUCUUCUCCUCCUCUUCACACCUGUUCCUUCCCUUUCUCUCUGCCUCUCUGGCACUGCCCGACACAGUCCUGCUGGCCUCGGACUCCCCGAGGUGAGAGAUUACUGAUGACGGUCCGGCGGGGAGACAAGCUUCAUAUCAGCAUCCAGGAGCAUAUGGCCAUCAAUGUGUGCCCAGGACCCAUAAGACCCAUUCAACAGAUCUCAGAUUACUUUCCCCGAUAUACACCUUGGCCAGAACGCACACCGUCCCCCACUGGGAACCCCCACAACCUCUCACCUCUGGUUAUAUCACCUGGUGGUGCACAAACAACAGAUGACUCUGCAGAUGUGGACAACUAUGACUCUGAUGAUAGCACGGCGCUGGGAACUCUUGAAUUUGACUUGUUGUACGAGCCAGAACAAUGUCGCCUGCAGUGCUGCAUCCUGAGAGCCAAGGGCCUCAAGCCGAUGGAUUUCAAUGGUUUGGCAGAUCCGUAUGUGAAGAUUCAUCUGCUCCCUGGAGCUUGCAAGGCCAACAAGCUAAAGACUCGAAUAGUGAGGAACAGCCUGAACCCCACAUGGAACGAGAGUCUGACAUAUUGUGGGAUUACCCAGGAGGACAUGGGAAAGAAGAUUCUCAGGAUCUCUGUAUGCGACGAGGAUAAACUGAGCCACAAUGAGUUCAUCGGAGAGACACGGGUUCCAUUGCGACGCUUAAAGCCAGGAGAGAGGAAACACUUUAAUCUGUGUCUGGAGAGGCAAAUCCCUCUGGCCUCACCCUCCUCCAUGACAGCAGCUCUCCGUGGUAUAUCCUGCUAUCUAAAAGAGUUGGAGCGUUGCCAGGAGUGGGAGCUGGAGGAGAGGGGGCGCAUCUUUCUUGCACUCACAUACAACACUGAGCGUGGAGGACUAGUGGUGGGAAUAAUGCGGUGUGCUCAUCUCGCCGCCAUGGAUGUAAAUGGAUUCUCAGACCCUUACGUGAAAACGUAUCUAAAGCCAGAUGUUGAGAAGAAAUCCAAGCACAAAACAGUUGUCAAGAAGAAGACUCUGAAUCCAGAGUUUAAUGAGGAGUUCUUCUAUAACAUCAGUCAAUUGGAGCUGCAGAAGAGAAGCCUGGAAGUCACGGUGUGGGACUAUGACCUGGGGAAAUCCAAUGACUUUAUAGGGGGUGUGACCUUCGGGAUGAGCUCCAAGGGCGAGUGUUUAAAGCAAUGGAUGGACUGUCUCUCUUCCCCCAAUAAGAGAACUGAGCAAUGGCACACGCUAACCAAUGAGCUUCCAGGAUCCACGUAUGCCGACUGAACAACACCUCCGGAUUGGAGAAAGGAGCUAAGGAACAACCAAUAGGAAACAGGAAGGGGCAAAAGUGACAAUUUCACUGAAAACAUAAAAUAUCUAGAAUUUUGGCUCAUCACCUUGAGCUCAGGCCAGAGACCAAAUAUGGCUAUUCAAUCCUCCUUUCACCUUUCAUACACGACACCAACAUGCUUUUCUAUUCUGAUCCUUGGAGGCCAUUUUGUAUUUUUACAUGGACAUCUCAGGCGAUGCAACUGAUCUUGUCUCCACAAUAUUCCUCUCUCUCCCUGGGAUCCUCGCUGCUUAACAAGCCUAUCAUGGGUAAUCUGGGCUUACUAUUAACUGUACAGCCAUGUUAUAUGUGCUGCUGGCUUGAUGGCUAUCCUUCCUUCCCUCUGUUAUUGGAGUACCAGUGAAGUCCCAGCAUCCGCCCUGGGAGUUAUAGCCUAACAGCUGGGGCCACACGCUGGGGGCCCUUAGAUGGAGCCAGUCCUCAGGGCUGAAUCUUGUAUACUGUAUCCUCCUUAAUAACCAGUCUACCAACAACCAUGCGCCAUAUAUUCCUCGUGCACCUUGCACUUACUUCUACAGGCUGAGCCCUGAUAGGCUUCUUAUACAGGGGGCUCAGGGGGACUUGUAUUUUGCCAUCACAAGUUAAUUGUGGUAUUUAGAGUCUGUCUUACCCCCUGUAAGUUUUCAACUGGGAGAUAGCCAUAGCUAUAGGAUACCUUCUGCAACUCCCAGCAUGAUGAGCAGGGCAUGUAGGGGGAGCUGGAGCCCUGAAGUUUGCCUGUCCCUGCCCUACAGAUCAUAAAAGGGAAGAGUAACAGGUGUUUGCCCCAUGUUUAAUAACCAAUUGCAACCAAUCAGAUUUAAGCAAAUUCUACAAGCUGAUUGGUUGCAAUGCAUUACUGCCUCCAUAGCAAACAUAGCGCACAAACUAAUAUGGGGCAAGGCACCAUUUUUUAGCCCCUUUCAAAUUCAGCUUUUGUUGGACAUAACUUUCGUACGAUUGCUGUCAGGGGCAGAACAUUGUCUAAUCUGUUCUUUUACCACUUUAUUUGAUCUGAAUGGUUAGUGGCAGGUCGGGAGAUGGGGAAGUCUGAUUGUUCGCGGAUUUGAACGAUCGGAUCUUUGCGUCUAUGGCCAGCUUAAUUCCCCAACCUCUUUCCUGUAGUCUGCGACGGUAACAGAGCUUUGUAGUAACAUUCCACCAUUCCAAUAUGAAGUUUAUACAAUAUGCACAGGUACGCCCCCUACUGUCAGACAGGUGGGUGUGCAAAACUCAAAAAUCUCUACCUUUGUUUACAAUUAGUUGUAAUCAAUAAUCAGGUUCCUGGGCAAUGCCCGAUCAGCCUGAGAGCUCUGCCCUUUCCAAAAUGCUCAUUUUGUAUCCAGAAGAGUGGGAUUUGUCCUUAACUGGCUAGUCUUUAAAUUCAUUCACUUGGGCUUAACAUCUCCCAAAAAGGCUCACACAUUCCCGUGGCACAGCAUGGUGUCGCACUCGCACCUUAAAGAAGCUUCUUAUGGCAGCUGCCCCUUGUGACCCAAUUUACCGACUAUUCCUUUGAUUAAACAGAUCCCCAGUCACUUGUUCAUGUUGAUCUGUCACUAAAAUAUCCCCUACAUCUAUUUUGUUGUUAUCUGUACUUUUUGCACUUCAAUACUUGUGUGUAUUAUUAAUUGAUUUGUGCCACCAGUCACCGGAAUGUGAUUGCCCAACUGGCACGUAUCUAUGUAUGAGAAUAGCUCAAAAGAUGUUUUCCGAGGGUUUUAGCUGCAUUCCUAUUUAAUACACAACAGUCACCUGGUUACCCAAAUCUGAAAUCCAUUUGUGCUGGAGAGGGAAGACGGCUGAAGGGAUGCACAUAUGGGGCCCCGUGGCCCUAACACACACACAGCUAUGCACAAGCAACUCACUAUGGACUAUGCACACACUUGACACAUUCACUAUUUGCACGUUUCCCCAAUGUUUUGUGACUUCUUGUUUUGUAUAUUUGGGGAAUGUUGUUUUCUAUACAGGAGAUGCAUCGGUGCUCGAGAUUUGCACGUAGGCACUGCGUUUAUGCAAUGUUUUUGUGUCUUUUUUGUAACUUUAUUACUUCUAGUUUAUGAUUGGAAUGCACUGCCAGCUAAAGACUGUAUACACCAUCCAACUGAAGUCCUUUGAUAAGUUGUUGGAGCAAUUGAUUGGAUGUGGUGAUAGGACGGUGUAUAAAUUCUCCUGUUGCCUAAUGCUGGUCUUCAGGGGUCAGGUGGGUGUCCAAGAGGUCGUGAUGAACAGUACAAUGGAUUGUCCAUAUAUAGGAAGAUAUUCUAUGGUGGUGAGUGAAGGCCAGGGCAGGUCAUACUGAAGGAUGGAAGCAAAAAUCAGUACUCACUGUCAGCGCUGCCGAUAUUCCAUACUGAAGGAUGGGUCUUCCAUAAAGGAGCCUUUUGUAUGUCAAGAUGAAGAGUCAACACUGAAGCAUGAUGUGUCUCUGGGUUACAGUGGUGGAGCUGGGGGUGGGUUGCAACACUGGAGGGGAAGUGUCUGUGUUUUUUCUGUUUGUGCAAUGUUGGGGGUGGGCUGCAAGGGAGGCUGCUCAUCCUGUAAUUGCAUGUUACAGCCUCCUCUUGACUACUGCACUCAAUAAAGGCAAAUCCACCUCA